AUGUCUGCCGCCGCUCACCCUACCUCCAAGCCCGCCGUCAACGGCGCCGCGCCAGCCUCAUCUUCCAAACCACAAUUCCGUCAACAACCAUACCGCUACCGCCGCAAUCACCACCGCAGCCGCCGUAAUCUCUGCUGCUGUUUCUGCUUUUGGACCAUCAUCAUUGUCCUAGGGCUAGCGCUUCUAGCCGCAAUUACUGGCGCCGCCCUCUACGUCUUGUACCGUCCUCACCGUCCUCAAUUCACAAUCUCCUCCCUCCGAAUUUCGAAGCUCAAUCUCACAAUUGCCGCGGAUUCCUCCGCCUCAUACCUCUCGUCUCUCUUCAAUCUCACUCUCUCAUCCUUUAACCCUAAUUCCCACAUCACAUUCUCAUACGACCCCUUCACUCUGUCCUGUUUAUCCCAUUCUGUUCUCCUCGGCAAUGGUUCGAUCCCAGAGUUCACCAGCGCCACCAAUAACCAGACGGUAUUCCGAGCCCUAAUAUCCGGCGCCAGAGAUCUGGACGCGGAUUCCGUUACGAGCCUCAGAUCGGAUCUGAAGAAGAAAGGAGGCGCCCCUCUGACGAUCGAAAUGGACACGAAAGUGAACGUGAAAAUCGGCAAAGUGAAAAGCAAAAAAGUGGGAAUCAGAGUAACAUGUGAUGGAAUCAAAGGAACUCCGCCGAAGGGGAAAUCGCCGACGGUGGCCUCUGUUCUUGACGCCGCCUGCAAAGUUGAUCUCCGGAUUAAAAUCUGGAUAUUCACUCUCUGA